UCUUUAAUGAGACCCAACGUUUCAUGAAACAAUUGAAGUUUUAGAUAUACCAUUUGUGUCAUUUCUUCCAGUUAAGCCAUGAAGGAUCAAACUAAUACGCUCGUUUUACAGACUCAUCGACGUGUCACACGCUCCAUGGUCAAGAACGAUAUAAGUAACACAAAAGUCAUCAAAGUUGAGAAACGCAAGACAGCGCCACGAAAAGUACCCACUGGAGUAGUGCUCUCGGCAUCGCGAAUCCCUCCAAUCUCCAAGGAGCGUUUCGGUCUGAUCCAAGAAACCGUCGGAAGAGAUCUGUACAAACUUCUCGUUGCAGCCGUUCUUUGGAACAGGACCCGAGGAUCCCAAGCCCGCCCUGUUUUCCAAAAGCUCAUAUCUCGGUACCCAACACCAACUCACCUCGCAGAAGCAUGUUUCUCCGACCUUGCAGAUAUCAUCCGUCCAAUAGGACUCUACAACUCCCGCGCCGCUCGGUUCAUCGCCUUCGCUAAGACAUGGCUUGAGAAACCGCCCAAUAAAUCAAGGCGGUACAGAAAGCUGCAUUAUCCCCUGCAGGGCGAUGGGUUAGACAUUGGAAAGGAUGAAGUCUUGGAUGAAGAUGAUGUGAGACAGGGCUGGGAAGUGGCACAUUUGCCGUCACUUGGUCCGUACGCCAUUGAUAGCUAUCGGAUCUUUCAUCGAGACAUGUUGAGGGGUUCAGCCGACGAUUGGAAUGGCUUGAAUGCAGUGCGGGGUUUUGAGCCUGAGUGGAAAAGGGUUGUGCCACUUGAUAAAGAGUUGAGGGCUUAUUUGCGAUGGAUGUGGCUUAAGGAAGGUUGGAUAUGGGAUCCUGAAACUGGUGGUAAAAUCAGAGCUUCAGAGGAAAGAAUGGAAAGAGAGCGUAACCGAUCGAGGAGCUUGUCUCCGGAGGGGUUUAGAGUACCCCGUCGAUAAGCCCUGCAAAUAUUGUCUUUCGAUAACCGAAAAGGAUUGGGCCUUGAAUACUGGUCAAUCAUGUCUCAGACACGCUUCAGCUCCAAUCCUCGAAGAUGAUUAUCUCCAAUCUGAACCAUUGUCUUCCUCCUUGCAUUAGUUUUCUUCUCUAGCCUCACGGAGCUAUUCAGCUGAGCGAAAGUCCCCGACCUGCAUAGAGUUGUGUCAUAGAUUCAAGAUUCUCCCUG